AUGGAAUAUUACUACGAGCUUACGGGGUUUGUUUUACUUUUGUUCCUAUGUGUUCACUGGGUUAACCGUCGCCACCGUCACCGCCGCCAUUUGGAGAAGCUCAGGUGUCUACCACCUGGGCCCACACCAUGGCCGGUGGUCGGAAACAUCUUUCAGCUGGCCUUUGUAAAGGUACCUCACGAAUCAUUUGCUCAACUGGCUCGUGUUCAUGGUCCCAACAUCAUGACCCUUUGGCUAGGCUCCAUGUGCACGGUGGUCAUCUCCUCCAACGAGGCGGCACGUGAGAUGUUCAAGAACCAUGAUGUGGUGCUCGCGGGUCGGAAGAUCUACGAGUGCAUGAAAGGAGACUUCGGAGAGGAGCUGGGGUCCAUGAUAACUGCGCAAUAUGGCCCAAAAUGGCGAAUGUUGAGAAGACUAUGUAACACAGAAUUCUUCUUGAACAGUCGCUUGGAUGCCACUUCCGGGAUCCGCCAUAGAUGCAUCGACAAAAUGAUGCAAUCUAUGCACGAAGCUAGUGGCAGUGGUGCUAAUAGCAUUGAUGUGGGUAGGUUUUUCUUCUUGAUGGCGUUUAAUCUGAUUGGAAACUUGAUGUUUUCGAAGGAUCUUUUGGAUUCAAAGUCGAAGAAAGGAGCAAGAUUCUUUCAUCAUGCUGGAAAGGUGAUGGAAUACGGUGGAAAACCUAAUGUGGCUGAUUUUAUGCCCUUUUUGAAGUGGCUUGAUCCACAAGGAAUAAGGAAAAACAUGCAACUUCAUGUGCGUAAAGCUUUUCGUAUAGCUGGAGGAUUCAUCGAAGAACGAAUGGUUGGCUUAGAAGAGAAGGCCAAUAAGAGAAGCAAGGAUUUCUUGGAUGUGCUGUUGGAGUAUCGUGGGGAUGAUAUAGAAGGACCCUCUGUGUUGUCUUCGACAACCAUCAAUAUUAUCGUGUUCGAAAUGUUCACUGCGGGGACUGAUACUACUACAAGCACCUUAGAAUGGGCAAUGGCUGAACUGCUACAUAACCCUCAUAUUUAUGAAAAGUUGAAAACGGAAUUGCGAAACACAAUUUCCCCUGAUGAAAAGUUUGAAGAGAAGCACAUCGACCAUCUACCUUACCUCAAAGCUGUGAUCAAAGAAACACUCAGGCUUCACCCACCGCUCCCUUUCUUAGUCCCCCACAUGGCAAUGCAAUCAUGCCAGAUGAUGGGGUACAAUAUCCCGAAGGAAACCCAAGUGUUGGUGAAUGUCUGGGCGAUUGGGCGUGAUCCUAGGACAUGGGAAGAUGCAUUGGAGUUCAAGCCAGAUAGGUUCUUGGAAAGGGACAAGAUGGUCGACUACAAAGGGCAACAUUUUGAAUUUAUACCAUUUGGUUCUGGGCGAAGGAUGUGUCCUGCUAUACCACUCGUCUCAAGACUGCUUCCAAUGGCUUUGGGCUCGAUUUUGCAUAAGUUUGAUUGGAUUUUGGGGGAUGGGGUUAAGGCAAAGGAGCUCGAUAUGAGUGAAAGAAUGGGUAUAACUCUUAGGAAAGCUAUUCCUUUGAAAGCCAUACCGAUUCCAUACUAG